AUAGGACAUCACUGCUACCGUGCAAAAGAGAAUACAAUUGUUGCCAACAGCAAGGGUAAAACGUGAAAAUGUAUAAUCGUUUUAAGAAAGCAAUAUAUAGAAGCAAAUCAUAUAUAUAACUAAUAUUUUAAAGAUUUGUUUCGAUUUAUUUAGUGAAGGACUGAAUAAAGAAUCAUUGCAUAGACAAAAAGUUAUAUCUUUUCGAAACCCGACUCUACGUGUCUUCCUGCACGUUGGUACCUGAAUCUUGCGCAUGAAUGCUCUGGGCUACGGUGCCUGUCGUACACAUCCGGUCCAUCUACGCGUACACAAUAGACCUAAACAACUCAAACUUGCAGCUAGUGGUAGUGUUCUGGACUGAUUAACCUGAAAAGGAAAUGAGUGGACAAGAGACACAUAAUAGGAACGAUGAUGGCAUGGAAUGUGCCGAUGGAGAUGAUUCUGGGGUUCAGGAAACAUCAGAAACAAUGAUUAGUGAAUCUAGGACAGCAGGACAACCUUUGUCUGAUUUUUUGAUGCAACUCGAGGAUUAUACUCCAACUAUUCCUGAUGCUGUGACUAGUUACUACUUGCAAACAGCUGGCUUUAACACAGCAGAUCCUAGAAUAAUUCGACUGGUAUCGCUUGCCGCCCAGAAGUUUAUAUCGGAUGUUGCUAAUGAUGCACUUCAGCAUUGCAAGACACGAGGUGCAGCACAGAAUACCAAGACAAAAGGGAAAGAUCGCCGAUUUACACUUACAUUAGAAGAUAUUACUCCUGCACUUGCAGAGUACGGCAUUACAGUUAAAAAGCCCCAGUAUUUUGUCUAAUUCCAAGCCAUUCAUAAGAGGCAAUAAGCAUUCCCAAACUUUUUAUAAAAAACACAUUGCUCCUUAUCUGACAAAUUAAAGAACAGUGUUUGAUGUCAAUCAUAGGAAACUUUUAUUAAUCCAUCAAUUUUUGUGUGUCAUGUAAGAGCAUUAUUUCUUUGUAGGUUCUGUCAUUUAUUUGUUAACUUCAACAUCAAGCAUUAUGAAACUGAUAAUGUGUAAAUAAAUUUGGAACAAUUUAUUGUAUUUUAUGUCCGAGAAUGCAAGAGCAUUACCAACGUACCUCUUGAAGCAAGAUGCGUCGUGUAGCAAGAAAUAUCUAACAUUGCGCAGAUUGAUUUUGCUCCGACCGGGCUCUUGCGAAUUUUGUGCGUCGUUUGUCAACUGAAGAUGGGCAAAGAAAGCUGGCCAGUAUAAAGCACGGAAAAUCACGGAAUUGAUGUCAACGCCUAUAGUGCGUUUUUUUAAAUUUUAUUUUAUUUUUAUAAUUCUGGCCCUCAAUCCCCUAUUUCACCACUAUUUCGUAUCUUUCUCGAUCGUGCCGUGAUCAUGCGACAUCUAGCGGCACAACCGAGAAAGACCGCACUAUAAUCUGCCUCUGUGCCAGCACUAAGUUAAGCUUAGUUGCCCUCUUCCUCGUAAACACAAUGGCUCCAUGCUCCCAAUCAAGAUGCAGGUGGAGUCCCUAUGAACUGGGAGUUGCAGCUCCAUCGAAUGAAAUAUAAUUUCCAAACACUGAUGUAUAGGAAGACGGAUUUUAAUGAAAUGUCUUUUUUCAUUUUAGAACAGUGACGUUUAGUAUAGAAAUUCAUUUUACUUAAUGACGAAACGAAAUGACCCAUUUUUAUGCCUUUGCAUUUUUCGUCGAUUUCGACUGUUGAGGCUGCGAAAUAUUCGUUAGAUAGGUUGGGAGAGCAUUAGCAGAAACUGCAACGAACAUCGCCUUUUCUAUCGAUAAUUUUCAUCAGACAAGAGUGUUCUGGGAAAGAAACGACACACAAUUGGCAAAGAUUGUUCCUUUGGAGAAAUAAUAGAGUAUUGAAGAGAUCGUCAUGGUUACCUCUGUCCAGACGAAAUUAAAUUUUUCGUUACGCAUUUCGUCGUUUUUACUGUACGUUAAGGCCCAUUCACAAUGCAAAUGCAAACAAGCAUAGCGCAUAGACAUAAACAUUCACAAUGUCUAACAUAAGCGUAAGCAAAAUAAGGGUUUCUAUUGGCUGUGAGACAUUCUGGUUUACUAGUGUUUGGUUGUGAAAAUCGAUUUCAAUGUAUCGACUGUGUCCAUGGCCCAUAUGGCGUUAGUUCUUCUAUCGACUUCACUCCAACUUCGAUUCUCAAUUUUGAGUUACCGUUCUGUGAUUGGUUAAUUUCUUAUUUCUUACUUAGGCAUAAGCACAGAUGCUUGAAACUUGCAAGCUUUUAACGUCUUACGUGUUAUUCACAAUGCGUUCGCGUAAACAUGAGCCCGCUUAUGGGCGCAGUUCUAAAUUUUAUGUUAACGUCAUGCUUAUGUUCAUGUUUGCAAUGUGAAUGGUUCUUUAGACUGCAGGAUGCUGAGAAUUGCCUGUCAGCCUAAUCGAACUUGGAAUGCGUCUAACAAUUUUACGUAGCUUUCGUUCACGGCAAACUGCUCUGCACUUCGCCUCUGACAAUGCGAGCUCGUGGCGUCUAAAUUGGAAAGUUUGCUUCCGAGAACUUUGACAUGCGCGCAUGUUGCACGUGCGGCUGCCCAGGAGGUAAUGUGGUCUUUCGGAGACGCUCCGAACUAAUAGGAAGCAGUUGACAAUCUACGUCAAAGAAUUUUGUACGAAAGAAAUGAGUAUUUGGUCAACUGGGAAGAAAUUCGCGCGGUUUCCUAGGCGGGAUGUUUGAAAUGAAUGAUCCUUUCCUCUGAAAUGCCUUCAAAGAGCAGCGAAACUGCGCUGUUCGAAACUUUUCGCCAAAUUUGAAUCAAAUUGGCGGUCAAUGCCACCAUCGACUAAUAAGUUAUUUUUUACCUUUGUACGUCAUUUUUCAUGCAUUUUUUCGCUGAUUUCAUUGCUUUUGAUAUGAUUUUAACGAUACUUGCUUCAAAAAAUAUUUAAGAGAUGCAACAAAUGUUCAUCACAGAAUUCCUGAGUAGCCUAUUAGAGUUCUUUGCUCAUAUAUUGUAGUGUGGGGUGUUGUAUGUACUAUGUAAUGUUCUACUGUCGGCGCCAUUGUCAGUCGCGAUAAAUAAAGGCACGAGAUUUUCUUUUAAACAGUCCAAAUCAGAAUUUCGCAAGCUCAGUUCACAUGAACAAAAGGAAGAAGCCUCGAUUACAUCAAUAACAUACCAACGAGCUUGAGUUAUUCAUCUGAAGUGAUUUGAUAUAAUUUUUUACGUACAUUUUCUUUAUUUUCAGAGCAUUAUUAAAGAUUUUGAGAGCAUUUAUUGAGAAUUUUUGAGAAUGUUUUAGGUCAUCAAAUCAACUCCCUACUAAUGUAUAAUAAGAUGUAAGCAAUUCAUAUAAAUCAAUUAAAACAAUAUAAUCAAAUACUACGUACCCAAUUUUAUACGUAGUGGAUGUUCACCUCCCGUGUACAAGGUUCUGUUUUUGCUUUCAAGUGGGCUUUUGAGUUUUUGUAUUAGUUAUACAUUGUGCCAAUUGCCGUUAAUAAAAUUCAUACAAAACAAAAACGAGCUAGUUUCGAAAAUAUGGUUCGUUUGCCAGCACUUAGCUACGAGCUCUAAGAUCUAUACACUUGCAUGCGUUUGAACCAAUUGUCGAAGCCCUUUUGCCACUCUGAGGUAUCUCCAAAAUAUGCUUUCUGAACCGCUUCUUCAGGUGUCGAAAAACGUUGAUCUCUCCGUUUGUUUUUUGCUGGCAUAAUCACUUCGAUUUUUUCCUUCUUAGACUUAUAUCUCAUAUAUACAAUGCAUAUACCGAUAUCGUAGGUGAUCGGACUUAUCGCGGUCACUACGGCCCUGAAGAAGACCGCGAUGUUGGUCGAAAUGUCGGCAACUCAACCUUCGACGCGGAGUCACCAUAGA